CCAUUCGCUUGUGAUGGGUCACCACUUCCAAUCGAAUAGGAGGGCUUUACGGAAAGGACUGUUUUGUUCGCUCUCACGAAUAAAUUAUCUAUUCGUCCAUCAUCGACAAUCAUCUCGAAGCGUCUACGCAUGCAUUAAGGUGUCCGUUACAAUGCUGUCCAAUAAUUUGUUUUGGGACGUGAAUCACCUACGAUUAUCGUGACAGUGCGGGAUAAUCUCACUGCAGAAGUUCAUUUUUAUGUCAGAAGAAAGUUCCAGGAGACAGAAAAACCUUCCGAGCUGUAGCUGCCAGCAGAGAAGAUGAGGAAGAGCCAGAGUGUUUUGGCAGUGACACCAGUUGAUGACAGCAAGGACCUCUCAGGAUGUACAUCUUCAGGGGCUACUUUAGGUGUGGAUCUCUGGCGAUGUCCCAGACGGCACUCAGGAACCCUUGUGUUGCCACCGCUGUCAUGGAGACAGGCUGAGAGGGCUCGCAGUCCUCAAGAAGAUAACGUUUCCAGACCCACAUCACUGGGCUUCAUUACUCCACCACGUAUAGAUAUCACACCGGUCCCUCCUGAUAGUUUGGAAGUGGAGAAUGGACCAUCUAUUGGCUGCAGUCCACUGGAUCUACAAGUGUCACCAGCUUCUGGCUUAAUCCUGCAUCCCAGCAUGGCCAGUCACAGUCAGCGGCGUGAGUCUUUCCUUUACCGCUCGGACAGUGACUAUGACCUCUCACCCAAAUCCACCUCUCGGAACUCCUCCCUUGUUGGAGAACAACUACAUGGUGAAGACCUGAUUGUCACUCCUUUUGCUCAGGUACUUGCAAGCCUUCGCACUGUUAGGAAUAAUUUCAGUAUCCUGACAAACGUGUCAUGUCCCUCCAGCAAAAGAUCACCAAUUAGCAGUCAUGGACCAGUAACCAAAGCUAACCUGUCAGAUGAAUCUUACCAAAAGCUGGCCCUGGAGACCAUGGAGGAGCUCGACUGGUGCCUGGACCAACUGGAGACCAUCCAGACAUACCGCUCUGUCAGUGACAUGGCUUCCAACAAGUUCAAGAGGAUGUUGAAUCGGGAACUGACACAUUUGUCUGAGAUGAGCCGCUCUGGAAACCAGGUGUCUGAGUUCAUUUCCAACACAUUCUUAGACAAACAGAAUGAGCUGGAGAUUCCAUUGUCUACUCCAAAAUCACGGGAGAGGAAGAAGAGGCAGCAGCAGCUAAUGACUCAGAUCAGUGGGGUGAGAAAGGUCACGCAUGGAUCAGGUCCAUCUAGCAGCUGUAGUACGACACGCUUCGGUGUGAAAACCGACUCGGAGGACAUGCUCUCAAAGGACCUGGAGGACAUUAACAAGUGGGGUUUAAACAUCUUCAAAGUGGCAGAGCACUCGCACCACCGCCCACUAGCCUGCAUCAUGUAUGCCAUCUUUCAGGAGAGAGAUUUGAUGAAGACAUUUAAGAUCCCAGUGGACACCUUUGUGACAUACAUGAUGACUCUUGAAGACCACUACCACGCAGACGUGGCCUAUCACAACAGUCUACAUGCAGCUGACGUGGCCCAAUCUACACACAUCCUGCUGUCCACACCUGCACUGGAUGCAGUCUUUACUGACCUGGAGAUUCUGGCAGCUCUUUUUGCAGCAGCCAUCCAUGAUGUGGACCACCCAGGGGUCUCAAACCAGUUUCUAAUUAACACAAACUCUGAGCUGGCACUCAUGUACAAUGAUGAGUCUGUUCUCGAAAACCAUCACCUAGCAGUUGGUUUCAAACUCUUGCAAGGGGAAAACUGUGAUCUCUUCCAAAACCUCUCCAAGAAGGAGCGGCAGACUCUCAGGAAAAUGGUUAUUCACAUGGUGCUUGCAACAGAUAUGUCCAAGCACAUGAGCUUACUGGCUGACUUGAAAACAAUGGUUGAGACCAAGAAGGUGACCAGUUCAGGAGUGUUGCUGCUUGACAACUAUACAGACAGGAUACAAGUCUUAAGAAAUAUGGUUCACUGUGCUGAUCUAAGUAAUCCCACUAAGCCAUUAGAUCUGUACAAGCAAUGGACAGACCGCAUUAUGCAAGAGUUUUUUCACCAGGGUGACAGAGAGAGAGAGCGCGGCAUGGAGAUCAGCCCAAUGUGUGACAAACACACUGCAUCAGUAGAGAAAUCUCAGGUUGGUUUCAUUGAUUACAUCGUGCACCCACUGUGGGAGACUUGGGCAGACCUGGUGCAUCCAGAUGCCCAGGAUAUUCUGGACACUUUAGAGGAGAAUAGGAACUGGUACUACAGCAUGAUACCACAAAGUCCCUCCCCUCCUUUUUUUGAAGCAGGAAGUCCCAGUGGAGACAAGUUUCAGUUUGAGUUAGAGGUUGAGGAAGGAGCUAAGCAGGAUACUAAGAACCUCUCAAAGACGGACUGUGUUGAGAUAGUGACGCAUUCUACUUUAUUUUCUGAGACGUAGCAUGUAAACAGCUUCUACAAUGGCUGUUUCGUUGACCUUAUUUAAGUAAGUGGAGCAAUGGUAUUCUCCUGCUACAUGAGAACCCUUCAGAGGACCACUGUGUCUUGGAACUUUGCCUCUUCUGCAUAGCCCAAAAGAGGAGUAAAUUAACAUCCUACAAAACCUAUCAAAAAAUUACCCUCCAAUUUUAAGGUUGACAUGGUUUUUGUAAAGAAGAAACAUGGACCUCUUAUCAGAGGGUAUUGUACUACAACAUGAAAGAGACUUUUUGUAAAAAAAAAAAAGUUGCUACUUUUAUCUACUUGGGUGUUUUAUGACCAUUUUGUUUUCACAUAUUCAACUACACAUUUGAACAUGUCAUACUGUGUGUGUGAAACCAGCUUUCAUAUGUGUGAGGGCAAUAGCAUGUAAUUCCCAGUUGUGUAUUGGGAAUGCAGUCUUCCGAAAUUUUGAAGAACAGAAUAAUGCCAUUCUUGUGCCAGCAUACUUUAUUGAAGUAAUACAAAAUCUUUACACUUUGUAACAAAUAAUUUCACUUUUUAAAACCAUUCUUAUAA